CGCCCUGCGGUUUCGGAUCCGGGGCCUGGCACCUAGCGGCGUAGGCCCUCGGGGCCGCGCCGGUCGCCGUCAUGGCAGCCACAGUCUGCCGGGCGUUCGCCGGGGGUCGGGUCUCGCGACUUGUUCGCCCUGAGUCCCUCGGACAGCGGUCUUGUGGGACAGGUAGAAUCCGUACCCCCAUUUCACGGAGCAGGAGACUGGGGCCUUAGGGAGCUCGCCCAAGGUCACGCAUCUCCUAACAGCCGGAGCCGGGAUUCAAACCCGCCGCCGCGUCCUCCUCCCGGACCAUCGCUCUUAACCCUGCUUCCCCCCCCCCCCGCCCGCCCGCCGCCAAGUUCACUGAUGAACCUGCUUGCACCUCCGUGUCCUCAGGAGGGCUCUUGGUAAUUGCCGUGGUUGUCCGAUGCUCCACGGAGAACCUGCCCCUAAAGCGCCUGGCACGCUGCCUGGGACGCAGUCAGUGCCCGAGGAGCGAGGGCUUAGCACGGAAUGCGGGCCGCACGCGUAAGAAAUAACACUUGCUGUCGUCUGUCUCCUUCAGAAUUUGUGGGUGGAAGGCAGGCAUGGUCAGACCCAUUUCACUGACUGGAAAACAGAGACAGGACGUGUCUCCCUCCACGUCUUUCGGCCAGUAAAAGCAGCCAAGCUGGAGCCCAAAGCCAGGUGUCCUGACUCCCAGCGGGGGGCUCCCUGCACCCACCAUGAGCCGCCUGCUCUGGAAGAGGGUGGCCGGCGCCACCACCGCCGCGCCAGGGUCAGUGCCAGCUCCGGGGCGCUGGGUCUCCAGCUCCGGCCCCGCCCCCGUCCCCAGCGACGGGCCGCCGCGACCGCAGCAGCAGCAGCAGCAGCAGCAGCAGCAGCAGCAGCAGCAGCCGCCGCCGCCGCCAGCGCGGUCCUCGGAGGGCGGGCAGCUGCGGCACAACCCCUUGCACAUCCAGAUGCUCUCGAGAGGGCUUCACGAGCAAAUCUUCGGGAGCGGCGGGGAGACGCCCGGCGAGGCCGCCGUGCGCCGCAGCAUCGAGCACCUGCAGAGGCACGGGCUCUGGGGGCAGCCGGCCACGCCCUUGCCGGACGUGGAGCUGCGCCUGCCGCCCCUCUACGGGGGCAGCCUGGACCAGCACUUCCGCCUCCUGGCCCAGAAGCAGAGCCUGCCCUACCUGGAGGCGGCCAACUCGUUAUUGCAGGCCCAGCCGCCCCCGCGGCCCCCGAGCUGGGCCUGGGUGGAGGGCUGGACCCGGUACGGCCCCGCGGGGGAGGCCGUACCCGUGGCCAUCCCCGAGGAGCGGGCCCUGGUGUUCGACGUGGAGGUCUGCUUGGCAGAGGGAACUUGCCCCACAUUGGCGGUGGCCAUAUCCCCCUCGGCCUGGUAUUCCUGGUGCAGCCGGCGGCUGGUGGAAGAGCGUUACUCUUGGACCAGCCAGCUGUCGCCGGCUGACCUCAUUCCUCUGGAGGUCCCUGCCAGUGCAGGCGGCCCCACCCAGCGUGAUUGGCAGGAGCAGUUAGUUGUGGGGCACAACGUUUGCUUUGAUCGAGCCCAUAUCAAGGAGCAGUACCUGAUCCAGGGCUCCCGCAUGCGCUUCCUGGACACCAUGAGCAUGCACAUGGCCAUCUCAGGGCUCAGCGGCUUCCAGCGCAGUCUGUGGAUGGCAGCCAAGCAGGGCAAGCGCAAGGCCCGCCACCCCACACAGCGAGGCCAGAAGUCCCAAAACAAAGCCAGUGGCCCGGUGAUCUCCUCCUGGGACUGGCUGGAUAUCAGCAGUGUCAAUAAUCUCUCAGAUGUGCACAGCCUCUAUGUGGGGGGGCCUCCCUUAGAGAAGGAGCCUCGAGAACUGUUCGUCAAGGGUAGCAUGAAGGACAUCCGAGAGAACUUCCAGGCUCUGAUGCAGUACUGUGCCCAGGACGUGUGGGCUACCUAUGAGAUUUUUCAGCAGCAGCUACCGCUCUUCUUGGAGAGGUGUCCCCACCCGGUGACUCUGGCUGGCAUGUUGGAGAUGGGGGUCUCUUACCUGCCUGUCAACCAGAACUGGGAGCGGUACCUGGCAGAGGCACAGAACACCUAUGAGGAGCUCCAGUGGGAGAUGAAGAAGUCGCUGAUGGACCUGGCCAAUGAUGCCUGCCAGCUGCUCUCAGGGGAGAGGUACAAGGAGGACCCCUGGCUCUGGGAUCUGGAGUGGGACCUGCAAGAGUUUAAGCAGAAGAAGGCAAAGAAGGUGAAGAGGAAGGAGCCAACUGCAGCCAGCAAGUUGCCCAUCGAGGGGGCUGGGGACCCCAAGGAUCAGGAAGACCCUGGCCCUCCCAGUGAGGAGGAGGAGGUUCAGCGAGAUGUCACGGCCCGCGCCUGCUUGGAGCACCUGAAGGGGACCGCAGAGAGCCUGCCAAAGCGGCCCCAGCACCUUCCCGGACACCCUGGGUGGUACCGGAAGCUCUGCCCCCGGCUAGAUGACCCUGCAUGGACCCCGGGCCCCAGUCUCCUCAGCCUGCAGAUGCGGGUCACUCCAAAACUCAUGGCGAUGACCUGGGAUGGCUUCCCUCUGCACUACUCGGAGCGGCAUGGCUGGGGAUACCUGGUGCCCGGGCGGCGGGACAACCUGGCUCAGGCACCAGCGGAAACCGCCCCAGCCUCAGCUGGGGUGGCCUGCCCGUACAGAGCCAUCGAGUCCCUGUACAGGAAGCACUGUCUUGAACAGGGGAAGCGGCAGCCGGAGCCCCAGCAGGCAGGCCUGGCGGAGGAGUUCCUGCUCACCGACGGCAGCGCCGUAUGGCAGACGGUGGAAGAACUGGGCUGCAUGGAAGCGGAGGUGGAGGUGGAAGCAGAGGUGGAGGCCAGGGUGGAGCGCUGCGGAAGGGCAGGCCUCAGUCAGCCCCCGGCUCUGACUGCUGCUGGUGGCCCCAGAGCCAGCCAGCCAGCCUAUCACCAUGGCAACGGACCUUACAACGAUGUGGACAUCCCCGGCUGCUGGUUCUUCAAGCUGCCUCACAAGGAUGGUAGCGGCUGCAAUGUGGGCAGCCCUUUCGCCAAGGACUUCCUCCCCAAGAUGGAGGAUGGCACCCUGCAGGCCGGCCCAGGAGGUGCCAGUGGACCCCGUGCCUUAGAGAUCAACAAAAUGAUUUCUUUCUGGAGGAACGCCCAUAAACGAAUCAGCUCCCAGAUGGUGGUGUGGCUUCCCAGGUCGGCUCUGCCCCGUGCUGUGACCAGGCACCCAGACUACGACGAGGAAGGCCGCUAUGGGGCCAUCUUGCCGCAGGUGGUAACCGCUGGCACCAUCACCCGCCGGGCUGUGGAGCCGACGUGGCUCACUGCCAGCAAUGCCCGGCCUGACCGAGUAGGCAGUGAGUUGAAGGCCAUGGUGCAGGCCCCACCUGGCUAUGUCCUCGUGGGCGCCGACGUGGACUCGCAGGAGCUGUGGAUCGCAGCCGUGCUGGGAGACGCCCACUUUGCUGGCAUGCAUGGCUGCACGGCCUUUGGCUGGAUGACCCUGCAGGGCAGGAAGAGCAGGGGCACCGACCUGCACAGUAAGACAGCCGCGACCGUGGGCAUCAGCCGUGAGCACGCCAAGAUCUUCAACUAUGGCCGCAUCUACGGGGCGGGGCAGCCAUUCGCUGAGCGCCUGCUGAUGCAGUUCAACCAUCGGCUCACACGGCAGGAGGCGGCUGAGAAGGCCCAGCAGAUGUACGCCGUCACCAAGGGCCUUCGCCGGUAUCGGCUGUCGGAGGAGGGUGAGUGGCUGGUGAGGGAAUUGGACCUCCCCGUGGACAGGACUGAAGAUGGCUGGGUUUCCCUGCAGGAUCUGCGCAAGAUACAGAGAGAAGCUUCGAGGAAGUCACGUUGGAAGAAGUGGGAGGUGGCUGCCGAGCGAGCGUGGAGGGGGGGCACAGAAUCAGAAAUGUUCAAUAAGCUGGAGAGCAUUGCCAUGUCUGACACCCCAUGUACCCCGGUGCUGGGCUGCCGCAUCAGCCGCGCCCUGGAGCCCUCGGCUGUCCAGGGGGAGUUUAUGACCAGCCGUGUGAACUGGGUGGUGCAGAGCUCUGCCGUGGACUAUUUACACCUCAUGCUCGUGGCCAUGAAGUGGCUGUUUGAGGAAUUUGCCAUUGACGGGCGCUUCUGCAUCAGCAUCCACGAUGAGGUCCGCUACCUGGUGCGAGAGGAGGACCGCUACCGCGCAGCCCUGGCCCUGCAGAUCACCAACCUCCUGACCAGGUGCAUGUUCGCCUACAAGCUGGGUCUCAAUGACCUACCCCAGUCCGUCGCCUUUUUCAGCACAGUCGAUAUUGACCAGUGCCUCAGGAAGGAAGUGACCAUGGAUUGUAAAACCCCUUCCAACCCAACUGGGAUGGAAAGGAGAUACGGGAUUCCCCAGGGUGAAGCGCUGGAUAUUUACCAGAUAAUUGAACUCACCAAAGGCUCCUUGGAACAGUGAAGCCAGCCUGGACCUAGCUCUGCCUGGAGGUGCCCUGUAUUUGCUCCCGUGGAGCUUCGUCGGGACGGUGUAGGCUCCCACACCCAGGCUUUGCGCUGUGCUUGUGCAGAAGGGCUUGUGGGAGGUCAGCCCUCCUCGGUAGCAGGACCUGCCUAGAACGGACUGCCUCCGAGUGAAGGUGCAGUGGAGCUCCUGGGUUCAGAGCCAAGAUGCCACUGCUGGUGCAGGCUGUAGGACAAGGGGGUACUGCUGCUUGUUGGGUAAAAAAGAAAGCAGAAGCCCCAAAGUUCACAUUAACUCAGGCAUUUCAUUUCUUUUUUCCUUUUCUUCUUGGCUGGUUCUUUGUUCUGUCCCUCGUGCUCUGAUGCAGUACCCUAGCGGGGGAGAGAAGUAAUGCUCAAAUGUGAUAAGCCUGCUCAGAGGCAGUGGAAAUAAAAAUCCUUUAUCUUCUCA